UCAGGUUGUUAGAAUGUAAUAGACCGUGUCUGCUUUGUUUUGUUUCUGUUUACCACUACUACUACUACAACUUUGCAUUUGCAAAAGCUAAGGAGAGAUCGAUACUAAAUGGCGUCACAGCAGGAAAAAAGGUCUGAGCUCGAUCGAAGGGCAAAGGAAGGAGAAACAGUAGUUCCUGGUGGCACUGGUGGCAAAAGUCUUGAAGCUCAGGAACACCUUGCUGAGGGGAGGAGCCGUGGAGGUCAGACGAGGAAGGACCAACUAGGAACUGAAGGCUACCAGGAAAUGGGACGCAAGGGAGGUCUGAGCACGGGCGAUGAGUCUGGUGGUGACCGUGCGCAGCGAGAAGGGGUUGAGAUAGAUGAGCAAGUAUAAGACCAAAGGUUGAUGGCUUUCAGUUAGUUUUUGCAGUCUGUCUAUUGGUCCCCUUUUUAAUAAAAGGGUCUUUGCUUGGGAUAGUUUGAGUCUUUUAUUUCAGUCGUCUUUAGUCUACGGUACUAACGUUAUGGGGACCAUGUAGUCUAGACAGGCACCUGCAUGUGUUUUGUCUCUCUCUGUAUUUCGUCUUUUAACUUGAAUGGAUUAGGAGUCCUUUCA